CUGUCCCGGCACACGAAAUCUAUCGUGCCAACUCUACAACGCUGCCGCUGGCGCCGCCUGGAGCUUCCACCUUGACCUCCCAUCCUCCGGCCGCCACCGCCCAAACCGGCCCCCAUGGCCGCCACCUCCACCGCCCUCUCCCUCGCCUUCUCCUCUCUCCUCCGCCCAACCCCCAGAACCGGUCCCCAACCCCAGCCGCGACCCUCGAACCCCAAACUCCCUAAACCCCUCCGCCUCAGCCUCGCCUCGGCGGCCGCGGCACCCCGCCUCGCCGCCGUACCCGACGGCGUCGCCAUCGCCGAUGUUGUGGAGAAGGACUGGACCUUCCUCGACUCUCCGUCCACGCACCUCCAGCGCGCGCUCGCCGCGGGGGCGCUCACGCCGGCGUCUCGGGUGCUGGCCGUGACGCCCACGGCGUCCUUCGUGGGUGCGCUCCUCGCAUCCUCGCCCUGCGAGCUCCUGGUGGCUGCGCACGAGUCGCUGUACGUGUUGGCUGGGGUCAAGGAGGCUCACGACGAGGUGAGGUGCUUCCACCUGGAGGGUGGGGGCGGGGGCAGGGGCGGCGGCGUGGUGGAGGCUGUGCCAGAGAGGUUCGAUGACUUCGACGCCGUGUUCGUGUGCUACUUCCCCGGGAUGGGGAUCUCCGCCGCGGCGCUCCUCAAAUCGCUUACCAAGAGGUGCUCCAAAGGUGCAAGAGUUGUCAUCUUCUUAGAUCAAGGCAGGGAGAAUUUGGAGCAGCACCGGAGAGAGCAUCCUGAUGUUGUAACAUCUGAUUUGCCCAGUAGGUCCUCGCUGGAGAAUGCUGCAUCCGGGAACAAGUAUGAAAUAGCAGAGUUUGCUGAUGACCCUAGCUUGUACCUUGCUGUUUUGCAAUUUCAAGGAUGAGUUUUUUUUUUAACAUUUGUAAAACAAAUUGUAAUUGCCUGUAAUGGCUACUUUGUCGGUAGCUUAUAUAUACUCCUCUUUGGCCGGUUUGUUUAGAA